AUGGUAUUCCAAUAUCGAGUGACUCCCGACGACAGUCCGUUCAAAAACCUCCGCUUCCCUUCGACAAGCGAUGAAAACAAUGCUGUUUUUGUCGACCUAAACUCCAGCGUGAUAUUAUUUGUCACCUCGUGGGCCAGUUCUCUCGCCCCAAUGUUGUCCGGAUUCCUUAUGGCCCUAGCUUCGUUUCCCAUCGCGCGCCAGCUAUCGAACAAUAUUCGCAACGGUCGCACAGAUUCCCUACCCACCCCCUAUCAACUGGGACUGACAAUCAGGUUUCUUGAUGGGAGCGCCCUCGGAGCGAUUUGGAGUUGGAUGAUUUAUGUUGUUUCAUGGAGGAAGACUCGGGUCCCGCAAACACCGCUUCUGGUCACUACCUCUAAUAUCGCCGUGCUUGCUACGGUUCUGGGUCUUUUGGUAUCCGCUGCAGACACUUGGCUCCAUUUGGUCACCACAACAGUGCCAUUUACCCAGCUAUCACCUGUUUCCAGCACGAUGAACUAUAGCUUUGGUAUAACUCCACGAUGUCUCACUAGCAACAAUUCUGUCGCAGCGCAAGGAGACGCCGCAAGCGAUGGAUUAUUCUGCAGCAUAUCUAUUGCAGCUACGGGCGCUUUCUUUCGCGAUCCCACCAUUACGUACCAAGUCAUAAGCAAUAUCUCCUCUGAAGCAGCUGUCUAUACACAUACGAAGUCCGACGGAAAGGUGUACACCUACUUUGGAAUUCCCUCUGAGGAAUUAGAUCCCAACCAUGACUUCACUGCGCACAGCUACGCUUCCGAAACGUCAUGCUCUCUCACCACGCAACCCUGCCAUGUCCGCAACGCCGCAUCAUCCGUUCGAUUCAACUGCAGUGCCGCCUUUGCCGGCUUCAUCAAUAACCGAGACCUACAAUCCGCGUUUUACACGGACGAAAAAAUGAACGAUGUGACCAACACCUAUAACAAGGGCACAGGCAACCCUUAUUACUUUUCGUUCGCCUCGGCGGAAAGCACGGGAGUCUCAACUGUACCAGGGGGUAGUGAAAACAAGGAUUUCGUCAUGAGCCUGCACGGUGCCCUCACAUUUGCUCUUGGCUGCAAGAGUACCGUAUAUGAUGUUGAGUAUGACCAGGUUAAUGGAAGUAUCACACGUUUCAACACUCGAAUCAGCAAUACCUCGGUCAGCAAUAUUUGGCAGACAACUGUAGCAAACUACCCCGGAGACUGGGAUCUCCCUGUGAAGCAAGCCAUGACGGCUGCAUUCUACUCGACUAAUUCCAGUCAAGAAUUUGCGGAUAUGGUUGCAUUAUCUUACGGCAAAUCCAGCAUGGCGUUCGGUGCGCAGGGUAUUGAACCAAGACCAGCUCUCGCCGUGCAAAGGCGGAACACAACACUGGUUGCAAGACUUCCAGUAGCACCCCUGAUUGCUGUUGUAGCAUUUUGUCUACUAUUUGUUGUGGCUGGUUUGCUGCUUACGGGGCUAGCUAUUUGGGCAGCGCGGUUUGAAGAUGUUCGCAAUAUACAAGCAAGCCUUGGGAUCGUCGGACUGGUGGCGGAUCGCUUCGAGAAGGAUGAUCUCAAGAAGGAGGCUAAAGAUACCGAUGGCUUUUUUGCGGAGUAUGUCGGUCACUCAGGCCGGCGGGUUGCAAUCGAGAAGUAUACGGAGACGGAUAGUACAUAUAGAUACACCACCUGGCAGAGCGCAGGUAUCUCGGAUUUUGGCAAUAAACCACCCAGCAGGUAG